AUGGCUACCCAAAUCACGAAUCCCAAAAUCAUAAUUCAAUUUAAUGAAUGUUUUCAUGAGCGAGAUUGCGACACACUGAAUUCGGAACUGGAUUAUGAUGGUUACUCAGAGUAUGAAUUAGAAGAUGAACUAGAAGACGACUUACAGGAUUCGGAACUAGAUUAUGAUUAUUACUCAGAAAUUCAGAACUAG